GGGAAAUGGUAUCUAUGGGCUUUAAAUCAAAUUAACAUUUUCUAUAAAUCCAAUUUAUGCACUCUAUUAUAUUAUGACUUAUAAUCCUAUACAUAAUCAUCUUACAUAGCAACUUAUUCAAAAUAGAUUAGAGUUGUUAUGACUUUAACAACUUUAUUAGCUGGAUAUAAAAUUCAUAGUUUAAAUUUUCAACCUAAUAAAGAGAUAAUAUCAUAUGUGACAAUUUUAUUGUUACUAUGCUGUCAUGCAAAUACUGAUAACCCUAUAAAUGCAACUAAUAAUGAACAUAAAGAAAAGACUUUAUUGAACUUAACAUUAUUAUUUAAUGAUAGUGAUCAAUUAAAUAAUAAAAAGUUUAAUGAUUGUUCAAUUUCUUUAACAGAAUUUAUUAUUUAUUUUUAUAUUCAACCUAUAAUUUGUUUUAUUGGAUUUAUAUUGAAUAUAUUGAAUGUGAUUAUAUUUUGUAGACCACAAUUUUCAGGAGCUGCUUAUGCUUAUAUGAUUGCAAUGUCAUUAGCUGAUGCAAUUACAUUAAUUAGUUAUAUGCCAUCUGGUUUGGUUAGGUGCGGCAAAUACUUCGUUUAUUGUCAGCAUCCAGAGUUCAGAAGAUUUCGUAUUUAUCUACUCUACUAUAAUGCGUAUAUUCUCUUUCCAAUCGGAAAUAUUUCAGAGACAGCAAGCGUAUGGUUUACUCUAGUUCUAUCUGUAGAACGUUACUUAACUAUGAGCCAAAUAGGCUCAGCAUAUCAAAAUAAACUCAGGAUGCAAUCACCUAACACAUUACCUUCAAAACAAAAAAGUGAAAUAUUGUAUAACACAAAUCAUUCAACUUAUACCAUAGAAUAUCAAGAAACUUUUAAUGAAGAUAAAAAAUUGCCAAAAAAGGAUUCAAUUGAAACAGUAGAAAAUGUAGUGGAACAGCAACAGCAUCGUGAACAACAAACAACGGUGGGUAAUUUCAAAUGGUAUGAAAAGCUCUCGAACUGUUGUAAUUUAUCAGUAUUAAAACAACAUAUCAGAAAUAGUUUGACCAAUAUUCCAACGCCAAAGUCUUUAUGUAUCUUACAUAAAUUACACCAUUCACAUUUAGAUAGAUCAAUAGGACGUUGUAGUUUAAAUAAAUGCAUACAACUGUAUGCUUGCCGAAAUUGUAACUUUAAACAUUCACUAGUUUUUAUAACAUUUUUCAGUAUACUACUUAAUUUGCCACUAUUCUUUGUUCAAAAAGUUGUCAGGAAAAAUAAUCCUAUAAAAAAAUCAACAAUUAAACAAAUGGAAAACAAUAAAACAAGUGAGUGGCUACAUACGAUAUCAAACCACUUCAAUAAUUUAACUUCAACUGAUAAUCAAUACAAUCAGGGUCAAAUACAAGUUUUCACUGGGCUUACAGAAUUCGGUAAUUCAGACUUUUAUAAAAUCUUCUCAUGGACACGUAUUAUGUUAAUACAAGUUUUACCGUUAUUAUUCCUAUGCUUCGUCAAUUUUUGUUUAUUACGUUUCAUACAUAUAGCAAAUAAACGUCGUCAAAGGUACUUAUUACCAGAUUUGUCUAAUAAAAAAACCGGCCGUUUUAAAUUACAUAAAGCAAAUUUGCGCAGUACAAAAGUUAAUAAAGCUUCAAGCGCCAAAUGGCAAGCGGCACAGCGUAAAUUAACCAUUUUAUUAAUUGUUAUUAUCUGUUUAUUCAUAGCCGGACAAAUACCACAAGCAUUUGCAUAUAUUACUAUAUUUGAAGCAUUUAAUAGACAUUUUGGUAAUGUAUGCAAACGAUGGAGAUGUUGUCCUCCAUAUUUGAUUUAUCGUUCAAUAGCGCAUAUGUUGGGCUUAUUUACUUACUCUACUAAUUUUUUUGUUUAUCUUACAUUGAAUAAACAUUUCAAACAACAAUUAAACAUUUGGUUCCUAUUAAUAUGCCCUAUUAGUAAACAAUUUCGGAAAAAGUGUUUAUUAAAACAAAACAAAUCAAUAAAUCAUUCUUAUGAUCAGUCAAAAUCUAAAUUAUCAUUCACAAAUCAACAUAAAUCAAUAUCUCUACCUCAUAAUAAUCUUUAUUAUCGUAUGUGUAAAAGAAGAUGUUCAUCUACGCUAUUUUGUAAUCCUACAAAACGACUAAUAUCAAUUGAUAAUACAGAUUUAUCUUCUGAAGCUGUUUCAGCUCCAGUUGAUUUAUGCACUAGUUCAAAAUGGAAAAAUAAAGAUUUUCUACAAUUAAAUGAAAUGAAAAAAGAUCUAUUAUCAACAACUAUUCAUCAUUCCCCUCAAUGUAUAAACAAAAUCAAUUCAAUUAUUAAAUCAGAAAAUACUAUUGAUUAUAUCAAAAUGAAUUAUUCCUCAGUACCUGCUAUUAAUGAAGUAUCAAACUAUUUAGUUAUAUCAAAUCCUGUCAAUACAGAUAAUAAUCUGCUUUGUAAACCUAUAGAAACUCAAUUUCAACAAUCCUCUUUAAUCACUAAAAAUAAUGACCUAUCAAUUGAUUCUAUACAACCAACAAAUUGUCAAACAGAAAUAAAAUAUGAUUUAAAUAAUCCAUCAUGUAUUUACAAAACUUUUCGUGCUUAUUAUUCACAUGAUUCAGUGAUAAAAAAUUGGAUAUUUCAAUUAACUAAUAAUAAUUAUAAUAAUAAUCAGAAUUCUCAAAAUACUAAACAAAUUACAACAUCACAAUCACAUUCAAUUUAUUCAAAUCAAUUAAUAACAAAUAAAGAUAAUUUAAACAAUGAUUUACAACAUGAGCAAUAUGUUCAGAAUUAUGAUAAGCGUAAAGAAGAUAUGAUUAAUGAUGCAAAACAAAAUAUUAUACGUUGUGUAAAUCUUAAUAUGUUGCGCAAUAGUAAUAAUAAUAAUAAAGAUUAUUAUAAUAAAAGUAAUGAUAAUAUUAGUAAUAGUACUAAUAGUAGUACUAGUAAGAACAGUAAUAGUGCGAUAACAAAUUCAAAAACUUGUACUCAUUCAAUAAUUGAUUCUGAUUCACAUGGUGUUGGUUUGACAUUUUCACAUGUUUAUUGUCCACUUAUAUAUAGAGAGAGUGAUUUUGAUGUGAUUUCAGUUGAUGAAAGUAAUGCACAAGAUGACCCAGAGCCAAAUUCAUUUUUAUAAAGUUAAGUAUAUGUUUUAUGAAAUAACAUAUGAACAUUUGUUUAUAAUAAAAGAAUUAAUAUUUUCGUUCUUAAUGUUAUAUCUAAUAUAAGAAGACUAGGAUCUAUGUAUCGUUGAAACAUACUAGCACAUAAAUAAACAACAUAGUAUAUAUCUAACAUUAUUCUGAGAUAUAAAUACUUGCCAUCGUUUCAAUAUUGUUUCUUCAUUUAUAGUUUUACCAUGGUCAUCAUCAUCGUAUGAGUAGAUUUCUUCCUGAUACAUCGGUGUAUUUUAUAAUAGAUAUAAAUAUUUAUAUACAUAAACAUUUCACUGUGAAUGAUAUUUAUGGUAUAAUAUACCUGUUGCAGUAUAUAAAAUUAAUGUACAGUAAAAUUAUUUUUAUUGAACAAGCUAUAAGGU